UUCUUAAAUCUCUAUCUCAUCGAUAUGGUUGAAAAUUUAUUAGUUUUAGCCUCCAAUUUGGCAUUGGGAAUAAUUUGAAUCUCCGAGCUAAACUAUUUCCAAGAAAUGAAACAGCAAAUACGAAAAAAUACUGAGUAAAAUGACUCGAAGUGGCUGGAGAUCAAAAAUUGCUGAGCGACUUAUCCAAGAGCGAAGUGAAUUUCUUGGGUUUCAAACUCAUCAGGUGCAAGAAUAUUUUUUCGAAGAUUGUGUUGAAAUUACUCGAUUCAGACCAGUACCAAAAGAUCGAAAAAAACGUCACGAUGAUGAUCUUCUUUCCGAAGAACCGGAGGAAAAUUUGAAUGCUAAUGUUUCUACGAACUAUUCAUCAGAAACCAGAUAUGUCAUGAGUCGAUUAAGUGAACGGGAGAUACACUUUGAACUAAUCGAAGCGUUACUUGGUUAUAUUAAGAAUAUGGAACUUGAUGGCUCAGUUUUGAUCUUCUUGCCUGGUUGGGGUCAAAUUUUCUCCCUGGUCAAGCAUCUUGAGGCGAAUCUUUUUUUCAAUUCUCCGCGAUUCCAAAUUUUACCUCUUCAUUCACAAAUACCUCGAGAUCAACAGAGAAAAGUUUUCGAACCUGUUCCCAACGGAGUGACAAAGGUUAUCCUUUCAACCAAUAUCGCUGAAUCAAGUAUAACCAUUGAUGAUGUCGUUUUUGUCAUCGAUACUUGUAGGGUUAAGAUUAAACUAUUCACCUCACACAACAAUAUGACCGUUUACAAUACCGAUUGGGCUUCGAAAACUAAUCUUAAACAAAGACGAGGUCGAGCUGGUAGAGUUCGAGCGGGUCAUUGUUUCUUUCUCUGUUCACGAGCCCGUUAUGAGCAAUUGGAAGAGUUUCAUUCAGCUGAGAUAUUCCGUACUCCCCUUCACGAAUUGGCACUCAUGGUAAAAUUACUUCGACUUGGCGCUAUUACCACUUUUCUCUCAAAAGCAAUUGAACCACCUCCAAUUCAUUCAAUCAUCGAAUCAGAGGUUUUACUUAGAGAUCUGAAAGCUUUGGAUGAGAGAAGUGAACUUACAUCUCUUGGACGUAUUCUCGCCCGAUUACCUGUCGAGCCUCGAUUGGGUAAAAUGUUAAUUCUCUCAUGUAUCUUUCAACUUGGUGGAAUGAUGUCAAUCAUAAUCGCGAACACUUCUACCUUUCCGGAAGUUUUUGACACUACGUUUCCACGACGAUUACCGUACAUUCACAACAGGUAUCGAAAAGAUCGUUGGUCAGAUCAUAUCUCCAUCUUAAACGCUUAUAUUAGCUUGGAAAGAGUAAAGUAUGGCUCCGGAGAAAUGGCAGCGGUUGAUUUCUGUGAGAGAAAUGCAAUUAUGUCGACUAUCAUGAGAGUGACACAUGAUACAAAAAAUCAAUUAAUAGAUUUGAUAAAAAACACUCAUUUUCCUGAUGCAACUUAUUCCAAGUUUGAUCUUUACGAUUCGGAUAUUGAUUUACUUCAAGGAUUACUUACUCUUGGCUAUUAUCCUAAUGUUUGUCUUCAUAAGGAUAAGAGAAAAGUGUUGACCACUGAGGCCAAGAUUGCUCACAAAACAUCAGUUAAUUUUACUAAUCUACCACCAGACCAAUUUCCUUCACCAUUUUUCAUUUUUGGUGAAAAAAUCCGAACCAAAGUUGUAUCUUGUAAACAAUUAUCCAUGGUGACACCAAUUCAUUUGAUGUUAUUUGGAAGUAAACGAAUUGAUGUUCGCUCUGAAAGACUUGUUCAACUGGACCGUUGGAUGGAUCUCGAAAUGAAUCCAGAAGUUGCCGCUUCGAUUGCCGCUUUUCGACCUGGUAUCGAAAAUCUUAUCCUUAAAGUAUCAGAGAAUCCGGAAGCUUGUCUAGAAUUGAGUAAACCUGAGAUAAAACUCAUCGAAGUGGUUCGCAAAUUGAGUUCUUAUAAUCUAAUAACGCUUCAAAAGAAACCACCUCGUUUUGAUCACGUCAAACGAGUGGCAACUAUAAAAUUACACUCCCAAACCAAAUGGAGACAAUUUCAAGAAUCAAUUAAAUUGUUGAUUAUCCUAAGACUCAUAAUAUCAUUAAUAUGAAAAUCAAAUUUAUACACACACAUACACACUACCAGAUAUCAUUUUAAUCAACCAUUCGUACCUUGUCAAUUACAAUUCACUAAAUUGGUUGAUAUUAUAAUUUCCCUAAGUUAAUUUCAGAGACAAAUUGUCAAAAUUAAUAAUCAAAACAACAAAAUGAUGUAAUAAUUUUCAAUCAAAUUGUCCUAAUUAUAAAUAUAUAUUACUCUUGAUAUAAAAGAAA